AGAGAAACUCAACCCUUAAAUUAAGAAAAAUAAGGGAAAAUUCAAAAUGAUCCAAACAUCACAAAAAGUGAUUUGAACGGGGUGGUUGCAAAAAAAAAAGGGGGUUUGCAUUUUUAAAAUCAUUAUGUAGUUUCAGAGAGAUGCAUAAUAUGGUAAAGUAGAAUUGAGUUGAGAACCACCACUUCACUGCAACGAAUCUCGGAACCGACGGCGGUGGAAUCGUCCAGUCACCACUGAAAGUCGCGGCUUUGUUCAAGUGCAGAAUGUAUUGUUUUCAAUGACGUCCAGAUCCGUUUUCUUCUAUCCGCUUCAUCGUAUCUAUAUAUAUCACCAACUUAGGUUCCCAAAUUCUUCACAAUCACUUCCGAUCCAAUAAUCUAUCAAUCUUUGCAUUCCUCUAUUGAUUGAUCUGCAGUGAGUAGGAUUGCUUGUGCUUCAGUUGCCUUUGGAUUUUCGAAGCCUUUCUUCUUCUUCUUCUUCUAGAUCUACCGUACUGUGCCAAGGUUCCAUUUACCAGCUCUAUACUAUAUGCCUGCAGUGAUUGAUUGAAGCAAGAUAAGAUAAUGGAUAGAGUAGUUAUGAGGCAGAAGAGAUUUAAAUCUAUAAACAACUGCUAUCACUCUGACUCGCAUGAUGAUCAUAAUGCAACAAACAACAAGUAUAUGAAUAGUAGUAAUAAGAGUUUUAUUCUGUUCUCAGAGCUCUCUCAAGAUUUGAUGCUUGCUAUCCUUACUUUGCUUCCUCUUAAGUGUCUGCUUAACUCUGCAAGGUAUGUCUCCAAAUUUUGGGCUGCUGCUAUUUCAGCCUACCUACCUCUUAAACCACCUGGUUUUUACAUUUUUAAGUACAAGUCAACCACAAAUUCUUAUUUCUUGAAUAUUCAAGAUCAUGUCAAUGGAAAACCUGAAAGGAUUGCUUUGGGAACACCUUCCAGAAUGGGACAUGUAAGGGCUACUUGUCAUGGGAUAUUACUGCUUUGUACUUUUUCUACACUAACUUUUGUAGUAAACCCCAUCCUUAAGUGCUGCUUUAGAAUUCCUAGUCUACCCACUAGUUCAAGACGGCUCAUUGGUGUUCGAUCUACUAUUGCACGCGUUCCUCGCACUGCCAAAUUCAAGUUGUUUGUAACAGAUGUCCUAAAUGUUUCGGGGGUCAACUGGUAUGUUUUCUACGUCCUAACAAUUGGAGUUGAUAACACAUGGAAAGAGAUAGCUAGAAAAGAAGCUAUCCUUGAGUGUGCUUUUUUUUGGGAACCAGUUUAUAAUGGAGAAAAUGAUGUUUAUUGGAUAACAAGGGAUGGAGUGACUGUGAUGGAUGUUGACAGGGAAAUUAUUAUAAGAGAGUAUCCACUACCACCUCCACGAGUGGAUGUUGCACCGUUUGGGGCUUUUUUAUGGAUGGGAGACCGUCUUUCUUGCAUUGUUUUGUUUAAAGGUAUUAGUAGAAUUAACAUAAAGUUUAAAGGUGUAUGAGCCUACUUUUCUAUCUUUUGAAAAGGAGGUGAAAGAGCCUACUACUGAUAAAGUCAAAAACAUAAUGUGCAAGAGAUAUUUGGUUGGUUACUAAUCACAAUAAUUCAACUAAUUAUAGAUAUAUAGCUCCUAAAUUCCCAAUCAACUAGUAGAUUAAUAUAGCCAACAAUAGCUUAAUAUAAUUAAACGUAAAGAAAUUAAGAAAACAACUAGUAGAUUAAUAUAGCGAACUAUUAGUGAGAGGGGAAGUUGUACUUAUAGCCUAAGAGUCACAACAGCAAAAUGAUGAUUUGAUAUUGAUGGUUUACUGAAAUUGAAAUUAUUGAUUGUACUCGUUGAUACUGAAUAAUUAAAAUUUUAGCUUUCGAUUGAUGGAUAUUUGAAAACAUUGGUGAAUGCUAUUUGAGAUAAAGUUUUAGCUCAUUUGAAUUUGUAUGCAACUUUUCGAAAACACAAGGGGAAAUUUAGAAGGAAAAAUUACUUAUAAAUAAUGCAAAGCACUAGCAGUAAUUUCAAACAAUAAUAUAUGGGAACACCUUUUUGUUUUUGAAAGGACCGAACCAUCUUGACUUUAACUUUUUGUAAGCGGAAUCCUUAACUUCUGUUGAUUUGAGUUUGAACAGAUGGAUAAUAUGGACGAUUUCAACCAUUUGUUGCUUGAUGGUAUGGACGCAGCAUGCAAAGAGAAAUUGAUCAUGGCAACUACUUUGGCGCUGUCGUUUGUUUCCAACCAAAGGAGAAACCUUGUAUUACAGAGGAAUGACGAUGGUAUAUACAGUUUGAGAGUAGACAGACCGCAGCCAAGAGAUCGAUAUCCCGUAAACAGAUAUACGUCGUAUUUUAACAGAAGAGUAGUUACCAGAAAAAAAAUAAAUUAAAAGUGCCUGCUGCGAAUCAACUGGGUAGUAGCAGUAGCAGUAGUAAUGCUGCGAAUCAACUGCAUAAUGAUCAGAUUGACCCGCCUGUUAAUGAUCAGAUUCCGCCUCAUACUUCAACGGCGGUUAAUGAUCAGAUUGACCCGCCUCAUACUUCAACUGCAACGACAGUUAAUGAUCAGAUUGACCCUCUUCAUACUUCAACAGCACAAACUUUUCCCAAUAGAAAACGUAAGAGGGUUAAUGAUCAGAAUCUGGGUAACGAACCUCCAGAAGCACAACCAGAAGAACAUGCACAAGAUGGGAAUGAAAUAGUUAUAACGGUUAAUGAUCAGAUUGAACCGCCUCAUACUUCAACCGCAACAGCUGUUAAUGAUCAGAUUGAUCCGUCUGUUAAUGAUCAGAUUGACCCGCCUGUUAAUGAUCAGAUUGACCCGGCGGUUAAUGAUGAGGCGGAAUCUGAUCAUUAACCCUCGGGUCAAUCUGAUCAUUAACCGCCGGGUCAAUCUGAUCAUUAACAGGCGGGUCAAUCUGUUCAUUAACCGCUGUUGCGGUUGAAGUAUGAGGCGGUUCAAUCUGAUCAUUAACCGUUAUAACUAUUUCAUUCCCAUCUUGUGCAUGUUCUUCUGGUUGUGCUUCUGGAGGUUCGUUACCCAGAUUCUGAUCAUUAACCCUCUUACGUUUUCUAUUGGGAAAAGUUUGUGCUAUUGAAGUAUGAAGACAGUCAAUCUGAUCAUUAACCGUCGUUGCAGUUGGCAUACUAGAUUAUUCAAUUACAUUUCUCCAACAAUCCAAUAUACACAUAGGAACAAUUUCGUAGAAGAUUUCGAAUGCGGAGGGAUACAUUCCUUCCCAUUGUAGAAGCUCUUGGCAAAAACGACAUUGCUGAAUACUUAAGAAAACCCAACAAAAACGACAUUGAUCGUUUACGACAAAAUUAAUCAUUUUUAAAAUUA